AUGGAUUUGGAUCCGUUCUUGGCUCAUGCCCAGAGUGGAGACCUGGAUGCUGUGAAAGCAGCUUUGGAAGCGAAAGAGGCGAGCGAUGUCAGCAAGUGCCUGAAGGCAAGAGAUGAAGACAGGAGGACUGCAUUGCAUCGAGCGUGUGCUGCGGGGCACGAGCAGAUUGUAGCAUAUUUGCUUGAGCUACGUGCAAACCCAAAUACGGAGGAUGCGGAGGACUGGACGCCGCUGCAUUCUGCAGCCAGCCGUGGCUCGGCAUCGCUUUGUACCCGCCUCACAGAAGCAUGUGCUGACUGCGAUGCCGCAACGUCUUCUGGCGCCACUGCUAUGCAUUUUGCCGCCUCGAAGGGCCACGACGAUGUAAUCCGAAUCCUGGUCGACGCAGGCGCCAAGGUCAAUUGCAAGGACCGAAGCGGCGGUGUGGCGCUCCUGAGGGCGGCUGGAGCUGGCCGAACCCAGGCUUUAAAACUUCUGCUCGAAGCCCAAGCAGACAUAAGAUGCAAAGACAGAGUGGGAGAAAAUGUGUUCCAUAUCGCCAUCAAUGGCCAUCAUACGUCGAUUUGCGAGAUCCUGUUCGAGAGGGACGAAGCGGAGAAGCUCAUGGGACAAGAAAACGAAGACGGCAAAACGGCUACUCAGAUGCUCCUGGACCUGUUGCCAAUUGAGACUCGAGAUAAGAUCAAGUCGAUAUGGAGGGAGAAGAAGGGAGGCUAG